UAGAAUACUGUUAUUAUCGCGAAUAUAUUUCCAUUUCUGUUUUGUUAUUCUGGAAAUCUAGGCGUGUUUAGUUGUUCGUAUUGAUUCGCAGUGUUAACUUCGGUUGACACAAAUACUGUGUUGCGCUUUAAGCACUGUUUUGUUUUGUUUUGCUCGUGGAUACGAAGAUAUUCUUUAAAAUGGGCCAGAAGCCAAGCAAGAAACCGGAGAAGAUAUCAGAGCAGCUUAUGGAGAACUACCUGCGGGCGGAAUUUAAGGCAAUGGACAGAGACGAAGACAACAGACUCAGCAGACAAGAGGCUAUUGAACUUCUCACCAUGAUUGGCUGCAACAAGGCCAAAAGGAAAAUGCAAGAAUGGGACUACCGAAAAGCCGAUAUUGUUCUUUUGGAGGAUUAUAUCGAGAAUUUCAAAGAUGACAAGUACUUACAGAAAAGGACCAUGAAGUACCGGCAACUCUUUCGUUUGUUUGACAAGAACGCUGACGGGCGGGCCAGCAAACAGGAAAUAAUCAAUGGACUUGAAUCGAUCUGCAUAGAGCAACUUGACAUAGAAGUCGACGACAGCACGCUUAAAACAAUCGAACAGAUGGGUGCAGACAAAGAUGGCAAGAUAACGUAUGAAGAGUUUCUUACGAAACAGUUCCAGAUCCUUAUGGAGAAGGACAAACCGGCGGUCGACAAGGGCGAAACAUCGCCACAUUUGACGGACGAUGAGGCGAACAACGGGAUGUAGUGUUGAUUGUUGUUGUUUUUUACUCGAUUUAUGAGCAUUCCAAAUAUUUUCAUUCGUCUGAAUGAAUAUAUUUAAAAACGAAACAUUCGAAGCAGGUGUACGUUGUGAUGACAUUCCUAGACAUUCCUCAACAGUUGUAUAUCACUUUUCUAUAUUAACCCACGUUUUUCAUUUUCACAUUUUUAUUCCAUCAUACGAAAAUAUACUACACUACCAACCACGCGUUUUUGCAGCCGUGGAAGAGAUUGCGCCAUCGCUGAAAAUCGCGGCGAUAUAUUUCGCGGUCGCCAACCCGAUGGUACGCGUUAUCACCGCGUUCAUCUGCUGCUUCCGCGAACGACUUUCGAAAACAUGCACGCGGUGGCUUACCGCGAUGUGCAGGUAUUUUUAUAGGUAAAGGUGGUACAAUUAGAAGAUAGAACAUGUAAACUAAACCGUGCUCGCAAAAUGUAAUUCAUUAGAUUGCGAGGGUAAACAAUCUCUUAUAUUAAUACUAAAAACACAACCAAAACACAACGCAUCGAAAAACGUGCGCAGUUUUAUUCAAUUUAGUAUAUUGACAAUCACACAAGGUGACAAUAGCGUCUAAAUAGUUUCACAGUUGCAAAGCAUACUUUUCAGGGAUCAAACUACGUUUUGAGUACGAACCAAGAUUUGUAAACUACGGGUCAAGUUGGUAUGAGUUUAAUAAACUUGACUAUAAUUAUAUUUAUAGGACGGGAACAAAGAAUAUAAACUUCAGAAAAUUGACAGUUAUCUUAAUCAAUCUUCAUUAAUUAACACUACGCAAUGCCGUGUUUUGCGGUGACUCGACGCGGUGGAACGCGGGGAAAUUAUAGAAAUGAACGCGGUGGGCGUUAUGCUUCAAUCGCGGCGUAUAGUGAAAAUAAGGUUAAAACGAUAACGUCCGCAGUGGAAAAAUCGCGACGAAGUGCAAAAUGAGCAAAAAAGCAUGGUUGGUAGUGUUAUGUGUAUCACUUCUGAGAAAUAUGUAGGUGUUCUUGGACACUGGCACCGGAAUUUCAAACUCAGUCUUUUUUUUGAAAUAAAAAAAACCUUAUAAUUCGAAACUAAGAAUUAAAUACUGUACAAAAUGCAUAUUUAUAAAAAUAAUAUUUUCUUCACAUUUUUGUUAUUAUAAUGUUUAGUUGGGAAUAAUAAGAUUUGUUUUUGGAUUAAAAAAAAAAAAUGAAUGAAUUUGAAAAUCCGAUGCCAGUGGUCUUGGAUUAUUGAUAGUCAAAAAGACACGAGUUUUUAAAUAUACUUUGAAGCUGACAUUUUUUUUCUAUAAAAUAUGUGAAAAUAUAGUCCACAUUUGACAUUGAUUUGUUGUUUGACUCCCAUCGGUUACUUUAAACAUUUUUUUCAUACAUGUAAAAUUUCCGUCUAAAUUGUUGCAUGAAAUAAACAUAAAAUAUGGAAACCGGAAAAAUAUCCGUAUUACAACACUGUUUUCUGAAUCUGUAUCACACAGUUGCCUAGUGCGCAUGCGCAAAUCAACUUUCACAAUACGACGCAAAAGAAAUAGGACAGUUGUUGAAUAUUUUUAAUGCUUUUGUAAAGACAAUUAUUUUACAUUUUAUUUAAAAAAAGUGAUUUUAGGGUAUGACAUAAAGCAAUACUUACGCUAUUCUGUUGAUGUGUGGAUUUUUCUCGCUUCUUGCGUAAAUAUAAUUCGCAAUCGACUAUCAAUCUCGUGGGCUUUGGUUUGAACGAAAAUCUUUACAAUCAAUCGACGAACAUUAUACUCCAUUUGUAUUCUUUUGUAUUUAUUUAUAUAAAUUCAUAUUAUAUUCACUCUUUAUACCUGUAUAUUGUUGUAUUUUUAUCUGCAGGCGAGGCGUAAGAAAAUUAUAUACAUUAAUUAUUCGGCCGAUUGUCCAGAACUUUGUUACAGUUAACAACGUUGUUAACUUGGUAUUUGUUAAUUUUCAAAGCGUUACUGCUCUCGAAGUUGAAUGAAUACACUUGUGAUCUGCUGCAUUGCAGAUGUGCUUGUUAAUAUCCAAAUAUGAGACCCAUCAUUAACAAGUUCAUGUUUAAAAGUUAACAACGAUGUCGUAAAUCACGUUGUUAACUUUAACAAAAUUCUGAAAAAUCGGCUCCUUGUGUUGUUUUUUGUGAAGUGCCUUGAAGUUACUUGAAUUACAUGUUCUCUUUUUCAAUUUACUGAUAACAUGAGUAAUUUGCAUCAAAUGUAUGGUUAUGAUAAAAUGUAGUAAAAUUAUGUAUUUGGCAAAGCCUGUGCCCAGAGUUUGUAAAGAGUAAAAUGAUAUUGAAGUUAUUCAGCAUGAGAGAUUAAGAUAUAUUUGUUGUAUAGGCAUUUAUCUUUGUUCAUUUAAAUAAAGGUUCUCUCCUUG